UGAGUUCGAGUACGAGUGACAGAAUACAUAUUAUUUGUAAAUCUUUUAAAAUAGAAAGUAAGUGGAAUUUUUCUGUCAUCGGGCUUUCAUGAAGGAAAUUAUGACGAUGGAAGACCCGAUGAUCGAACGAAAAAUGGUUGUUGCCCAGCAAGAAAACGAGAAUACCGGAUUUUGUCUUCAACAMGUUUCGUUGGACAAAGCCGUUGCGCCACUUCUUGUACGACCAAUAGCGCCAUUUGACCGAACAGAGAGGAAACGAGCGCACACAUCUGCUAUAUUUUAUAGCGAAUGCUUUCUACGCGGUAUCGAACCGAAAAUGGCAGAUACCGCAGCKUUACAAGCACAGGGGGUAUACGAUAAAUGGUGGGUAAGAAGCACAGCAUCCUCCCGUCGUUUCGGCACUUUCGUUGGAGAUAAGUCAGAAAGCCAAAAAGGUACCCGGGAAGAAGAGGGGACAAAAAAUAAAGCAAAAUACAARAAACGUGUCGCAGAUGAAGCUUUUCUUCGAAWUACCCAUGAUUUUACUGGAACUCUCGUAGCGCGUGAUCCRUCUUUAUCCAGAGAAAUCAGUAUUGAAGUUGUCAAAAAACUCAUGAUUGAAGAACUACGCUCAUCUGGAGGAAAUGUUGAUACACCGGAAUUUUUGAAAUACCAACGAAUUCUCGAGAAGGAAUUCAUACAACGCGGAAUAAAAAAUGUUAACCRGAUUUCACAAGAGGGCAACUGGUUUACAAUAUCGAAGCCGACUUUUACUGAGUGCCAAGGGACCAACGACAAAGGAGAGAAUAAAUAUUCUUUAGGACGCAUAAGUUUUGACAUGUUCAAACCUACUGGCUUAGUAUGCUCCUUCCGGGGAGCGUUCAAUUAUGUGCAGGCUGUMGAUCCUAGUAAUCCAGGAAGGCCGCUCCAUGUUCCUCGAGUGUUGAUGCAAGAUAUCAAGAAAGAAAAAUGUAGACUGAGGACAUAUGAGUAAGUUUGAGUACUCUUCUUUUUCAAACGCAGUUAUUGUUCCUUUGCUUUCCACUCAAUUUUUUUAUUGUUCUCUUUUAUGUUGCUUAGUAUUGCCGUUGCUAUUACAGUCGAAGCUGGACAAGAUCAAAAAGGUAAUUUUMUAGAUGAAGCGGAAGAAAAUAGCUGUUACAUCGUACCCAAACCAAUCCGUGGAAUUUUGACGACGCUGGGCUAUAGCAUCCCAGAUCCCAACGUAGCGAAUCGACUGAGUAUAUGGYUUUCUGGUGGUUCUCUAGAGGUUCAGGAUGAAGAGAGAGAUGUAGACGAAUGGAAGAAAAUAUUUGACACUUCCACUGCACCAAAUCGAGACAUAAGGGAAUAUGCAAAUAGUCUAGCUGCAAGAUUACUCYUAGGAGCGCACAUACACGACAAGAUGGAGGAAGAUGGAACUCUUCGAUUUGACCUUAAACGACCAAUUGGAGGACACGGAUCUGUUUUCUGUGACAUAAUAUACAUGGAUGACAAUCUACGAAUAAUGCAUGGCCACCACGACUCAGUUUAUGUAUCUGUACGAGUUCCGGGCUAGUCUAMAAUACGAGAURGAAAGGUCGAUC